GUUAUGUCCACGAGGAGUGUCUUUUGUCUGCACGCGCGUGACGGCGCAGGGAAACCCCACGUCCGCGACGCGUGCACCGACGAUGACGUAUCAUGUACAGUCUGACAGCGCGCGACACCGCCGAAGGUGGAAAACAAAGCGCAAAAGCUCACGCGUGACAACUGUCAGGUGAGUUAGAAGAAGAUCUCGCAUGGAGCUCUCGGCGAUCGCUCGUGAUGCGCGUGAAGUAUCCCAGUUUACCUUUCAUUUGCAGCCCGUGAUUUCUGUUCUUUUCCACAAAAGCCCAGGGCAUGACGACAUCAAGGGUUCGACACCUGCGAAAGCAGACAACGCAAUGAUCUAAAUGCAUGUUUAUUAUUUACGCAAUCGUUAUUUAUCUAAAGUUUUACGUUUUUUAUUUUUUAAUUUACGCUAAUUGCAUACUAUAAAUAGAUUAUAUUACUAUAAAUCAGUAAUUAUUUAAGUUUAGCUGUAUUUGUAAUUAAACAGACGAGCUCGUUGUUGUUGGUCACCAUCGAAACGGGAGGAGCGCGCGUCAAAAUAAUCGCAUCUCUUUUCUUCCAAGUACAUUUUUUUUUUUCUCCGACGAAUGAAAACUGAGAAGAGCGCUUUAAUUGGACAAAGGGAUACCCGAGGACGUGACUAUGGUAAAAUUAGGGUACCUCUCGAGCGCGUUUCAGUCAGACAGAGUUCAGCGUCCCACAUGUCACGAAGUAAAUUAGCCUGGCGUCACUUUGGGAUCAUUUUUAAGGGAUUACGCGACGUAAACAAUCUCCUACUCGCGUUUGGAAACCGGAAACUGCUGUUUGGAUAAGUAUCUCGCUCGUGAGCGUCGCUGCUGCUGAUGAAGUUCUCCAGAGCGGGGGACGCUCGCGCAUCGCUGUGUGGAGCCGCGCGUGCCCAGGGCGCGCAGAGCGUGGCUGGAAGGUCAGCUUGAGCUCGAGACACUCCGCUGGACUGAACGCGCGAGGAUGCCGGUACGACGAGGGCACGUCGCGCCGCAAAACACUUUCCUCGACACGAUCAUCAGGAAAUUCGAAAGUCAAAGUAGGAAAUUCGUCAUAGCCAAUGCGCGGGUGGAGAACUGCGCCAUCAUCUUCUGUAACGAUGGCUUCUGUCACAUGUGCGGCUACACCAGGGCUGAAAUCAUGCAAAAGCCAUGCACCUGCAACUUCCUGUACGGCCCACACACCAAGAGGCUGGCCAUCGCGCAGAUGGCACAGGCGCUGCUGGGGUCAGAGGAGAGGAAGGUGGAGAUAGCGCUCUACAGGAAGGACGGUGUGUGUUUCCUGUGUUUGGUGGACGUGGUUCCUGUGAAGAAUGAAGAUGGCGUGGUGAUCAUGUUCAUUCUGAAUUUCGAGGUCAUGCCGGACGAUAAACUGCACGACCCACAGGAUCUCAAUCACAAGCUGCCUCUGCUGUGGCGCCAUUCCAAUCGAGCUCGGGGCAUCCGUUUACGCCUCCCCCUCCUGAACUCCCGGAAUAACAGUAAAUCUUCUCUGCGGGAGGAUCCCGAGGCAGGCCGAGGAACGGGUUUCCCCAGCAGCUCCCGCGGGCAAAGCCACGAAUCCCUGCCGCUGGGCGAGCUCCUGCCCCUGCCAGAACACAAACGGCCCCGUCUGGCCACCGCCUCCACCAUCUCCACCUCCCUCGUGACCACCCCGCCCUCGCUGCUGCCCGAAGACCAGCGCAACCUGCUGGGCAGCGACCCCUCGUCGCCUCCUCCGGCCCCGCCGCACCCCGCCACGCUGCCCCUGGGUCAGUCCUCGCCCCGACCGCAGCGGCUCAAUCCCGAGGCCUCCGUGUCCAACUGCAGCCUGACCAACAGCCGCUCGCGCGAGAGCUUUCACAGCAUGCGCCGCGCGUCUUCGGUGGACGAUAUCGAGGCCAUGCGGCCCGAAUGGGACCGGAAGUACCGGACCCGGCCCACCUGCAGCAGCACGGGUGCCAUGAACAACAAGUCCAGCAUCCUGAACUCUACCUCUGACUCGGAUCUCAUGCGGUACCGCGCCAUCAGUAAGAUCCCACAGAUCACGCUCAACUUCGUGGACUUCAAACCGGACCCUCUCAUCGCCCUCCCGGCCGGAGAAAUGGACAUCAUCGCACCCUGCAAACUCAUCGACCGCACGCACAACGUCACCGAGAAAGUCACUCAGGUGCUGUCGCUGGGCGCUGACGUUCUGCCGGAGUACAAGCUCCAGGCUCCGCGAAUCCACAAGUGGACGGUUCUGCACUACAGCCCGUUUAAGGCGGUGUGGGACUGGCUGAUCCUGCUGCUGGUCAUCUACACGGCCAUCCUCACGCCGUACUCCGCCGCCUUCCUGCUCAACGAGGAGGAGGAGGGAUCCAUGCAGAACUGCGGCUACUCCUGCAGUCCGCUCAACGUGGUGGACCUCAUCGUGGACAUCAUGUUCAUCAUCGACAUCAUCAUCAACUUCCGCACCACCUACGUCAACGCCAACGACGAGGUGGUCAGUCACCCGCUGCGGAUCGCCGUGCAUUACUUCAAAGGCUGGUUCCUCAUCGACAUGGUGGCCGCCAUCCCCUUCGACCUGCUCAUAUACCGAACAGGGGAGGAGGUGAGUGCAGAGACGACCACCCUCAUCGGCCUGCUCAAGACGGCACGUCUUUUACGACUCGUCCGAGUGGCGCGAAAACUGGACCGUUACUCUGAAUACGGCGCGGCCGUUCUCUUCCUGCUCAUGUGCACCUUUGCUCUGAUCGCUCAUUGGCUGGCCUGCAUCUGGUACGCCAUCGGAAACGUGGAGCAGAACCGCUCCAUCGGCUGGCUGCACGCGCUCGGGGUUCAUCUGGGGAAGCAGCAUAACAUCAGUAUCCCGGGAUCAGGACCCAGCAUCGAGGACAAAUACGUGACGGCGUUAUACUUCACCUUCAGCAGCUUGACCAGCGUGGGCUUCGGAAACGUGUCGCCGAACACCAACUCAGAGAAGAUCUUCUCCAUCUGCGUCAUGCUGAUCGGAUCGCUCAUGUACGCCAGUAUCUUCGGGAACGUGUCAGCCAUCAUCCAGCGUCUGUACUCGGGAACGGCUCGUUAUCACACUCAGAUGCUGCGGGUGAGAGAGUUCAUCCGCUUCCAUCAGAUUCCCAACCCGCUGCGGCAGAGACUGGAGGAGUAUUUCCAACACGCCUGGUCCUACACCAACGGCAUCGACAUGAACGCCGUGCUGAAGGGUUUCCCCGAGUGUCUCCAGGCCGACAUCUGUCUCCACCUGAACCGAACUCUCCUGCAGAACUGUAAAGCGUUCAAGGGCUCCAGUAAAGGGUGUCUGCGGGCGCUGGCCAUGAAGUUCAAGACCACACACGCCCCCCCGGGAGACACGCUGGUGCACGCCGGAGACGUCCUGACCGCGCUGUACUUCAUCUCCCGCGGCUCCAUCGAGAUCUUACGUGGAGAUGUCGUGGUGGCCAUCUUAGGGAAGAACGAUAUAUUCGGCGAGCCCAUAAACCUGUACGCUCGACCAGGGAAAUCCAACGCAGACGUGAGAGCGCUGACCUACUGCGACCUCCAUAAGAUCCACAGAGAUGAUGUGCUGGAGGUGCUGGACAUGUACCCGGAGUUCUCCGACCACUUCUGGAGUAACCUGGAGAUCACCUUCAACCUCAGAGACACGAACAUGAUUCCCGGCUCUCCCAGCAGCGAUGAAUCAGAUUGCGUCGGCUUCAACAAACUGCGGAGGCGAAAACUUUCAUUCCGACGACGAACAGAAAAAGAUGAUGCCGAUGCUGGAGAGAUCAAGAAGAAUCAGAAACCCAUUCGGAGAGGCAGAAAACAAGCAGCCAGUAACAAGAACGAACUCAAACCGGGAUGGGAGGAGCCUCGGAAUUCUGUUUCCUCUCACUCCAGUGGUGAUGAGGGGGAGGAGCCUGUGCACACAUGCCCCACCCCCCCAACGGCACUCAUGGAUGUGACUGAGGGAGAGGGCGAUCCGAAAACAGGAAACACAUGUAACGCCCUAUCAGGUGCUUUCUCAGGUGUGUCUAAUAUCUUCAGCUUUUGGGGCGAGAGUCGGGGGAGGCAAUAUCAGGAGCUGCCCCGCUGCAAUCUCCCGUCGCCCCCUCCGCAUCUCAGCACCCCCCUGCGCAGCAUCAGCCGCCAGCAGCGCAGCCAGAUGGAGAGCAGACUGGAGCUGCUGCAGAAACAGCUCAACAGACUGGAGAGCCGCAUGUCGACGGAUAUCGGCGCGAUCAUGCAGCUCCUGCAGAGGCAGAUGAUGCUGGUUCCUCCCGCGUACAGCACCGUUUCUUCCCCGCCGCAGGCGUCCAUGUACCCCGAGAGACUCGUGCAGCCCGUCACACCGCUGGAGUCCGAGGCACUGGCUUCUCUCUCACAGUCCUGCGAGUCUCUCGGCAGCACCACAGAGCUCCAUCCUGCGGACGCUCCUCGCACGGGAUCCUCCAGCCUCGGGGCGCGACCGGGGCGAGUGCUGGACCUGGACGUUCAGCGGCGCUUCUCCCUACAGGAACCACAGACGUCACCGAGUUCACAGACACCACAGAAACACAGCUCCGACCCCGGGAGCUAGGGAGACUCUCUGACGUCUCACCGGGGCGUUUCUUCUCGGUUCUGCUUCUGGUUUUGCACUGAGGAGGGUUCAGAGACACACUGGAGGUGGUUUUACAUGAAAGGCAGCGAUGAACUUCACUCGUCUUUACUGCUGUCGUCCAGUAUUGGAUAUCCAUAAACAAAUAAUAAUGAUUAUUACUAAUUUCAAGUAGCCAUUAUGUCUUGCACUGAAUUUUCCAGACUCUUUAUCUUCACUUCUACGGCGCUUCCAAAACGAAGAACUGGUUGAACUUGUUAGUGUUAGCUGGCCUAACAGAAGAAAAUACUACUACUAAUAAUAACCUGAUGUGUUCUGUCCGUCUGUCUGUCAUUGCCUUCAUUUCCUGUGUAAGAAUGAUGAAGAAGGCGGAGCCUCGGGCCCCGCCCAAGCACACUGGAUUGGCUGGAUUGCAGUGGGUGUGGUGAUUGGCGGCUGCCAUUACUGAUGAAGCAUAUCACAGUCACGUGUCUGACACUGAGACCAACAAUAUGCAACGAGUCCAACACGCGUCACGUCCUGCUCGGCUUCGGUUAGUUCGUUUUCCGUGAUUUUGAGGUUAGAACACAUUAGCUUUAGCAAUACGAGUCCUUUAAACCACCGCAAAUUGAAACCAAAUAUUGAAGAUUGGCUUGGACCAAAUGUCAAAAUUGAGUGAUUUUCCAUCAUGAUCACAGUCACAUGAUUAUUAAUUAUUAUUUGGUACAUUUAAGAGCUCUUAAAUCUGAUGAGUUAAUUCAAAACAAAUGUAUGCGUUUUGUUUUAGACGCGUGGACCAACGAAAAAAGAACUUCACAAUAAGCUAUAAAGCAUGCGAUAAUAAACAUACACUUUUAAUAUAAGGCAUUUUUUUAUAGCAGACUUUACCGUUAUCAUAUUUAAAUUACUAUAGUAUUUACUCUAAGCAUUUCUGAGGAAGGAAGAGCAUAUUAGCAUGAGAACUUGUUUAGCAUCUGACAACGAUUGUAUCAUUCUGCCUUUUGGCUUGAAUUCUGUGGUUUAUGUUUUGUUGAUACCAAAUAUAAUAUUUAAUUUGAACUGAACGUGAGGACGGUCUGAUCCAACAUCUGAAUCUGUGUCAGUGUGAAAACGGUUCAAACAUUACUGCAUUAAAUAACAAUAUUCCCUUUUACUUUGAUGAAUGCAGGAGUUUGCACAUAUUUAUCUACAUAUUUGUUGUUAAUUUUAUUAUUAUUAUUAUUAUUAGUGUCUCUGUAAAUUCUGUGUAUAGUCCUUUUAACACCACAUAUGGGUGAAUCUCACACGUCAAGAACAAAUUUUACCCCAAUAUAUAUAUAAAAAAAAUAUUAUAUUGGCAUAUUUUUAGGAUGAUAUUUGUCAUUAGAUAUUCAUAACUGUAUUUUUUUUCUUAAUUAUCAUAAAUAAAAGGCAAUACAGGUAAUGCUGCAACAAACACUGCUAUAAUGGAUACAUAUAAAUUUAAUUUAUUAAUAUUAUAUAUUUUUAAAUGUAUUAAUAUUAAAUAUAUAUUCAAUUUAUUGCUCAUUGUAAGUUCAUAUCAGCUAACGCAUGUUAACAAAUGAGACCCUAAUUGUAUUUAAAUAGUUUUGAAUUUCAUUUCAAAGAAUUUUGGGGGGAUAAAAAUCCCCUAAUGUCAAAAAAAUAAAUAAUUUUUAAAUGUGUUGUGAGAUUCACCCUCACAUGGCGGUAGUAUUUCUGUUUGUAAGAUUGUGUUGAGAAAUCAAACUGAUAUUAAGUCCAUUUAUUUUUAGUUAAUUUCAUCAGUGUUUGUUUGUUUGUAAUCCAGGAUUGCUCUUAAUCUGUGUCAGGUGACUGUGAGCGGAGAAAUUGGGCAUGCUUUAUUCACAAAACACGGCUUCAUUGUCUAAUGUUCAGAUGGAGCUUAUAAUACAACAUUAUUGUGUUUCGUUCUAUCAUGUACAACGUUGUUUAUGUUGAUGCCACUUUUCGAUGAUAAUGGUCCUGCUGAAAUGGUUUUGUGUGUGUAUAAUGUGUCCUGUCGUGUGUUUCUCUUGAUGUUCGGUGUACCGCUGUGCACUUUAAGGCACCCAAACACUACAAGAUGAUCGGGACGAUUUUGAGCCCAAUUCUCCCCUUCCGACAAUCCUAAAAAGUCCUGAUUAUCUUGAUGGUUCUGCAGAUGAUCUUAUCAGAUUUUCCUGUGUUAAGAGUCAUUGAAUCUGCGCAGAAGAACGCCAGGGCUGCGUCAAUCUAAAAUCAUAAUAAAUAUUGAUUAUUUACAAUCAGAAAUCCUGUUGUGUGGGGCGAACCCCAAGGACAAACGUGCACACACUCUGUAGAUUGUCACAUUGAACAAAACAAUAUCCAAUCAGAAAGCGAGCUAACGGAAGCAUAUCAUCCGAACCUUUUUCUUUUUUUCACUGCACAUUUUCUGUUAAAAAGCAGUCCAAACACUAUUAUCACAGUUUUCUUAUCACUAUUAUCACCCCAGAGGAAAAAAGACAAAAACAUACAAUUACUUCAUGUCUGUUAUAUUUACAGUGUUACCUCAUAUUUCGUUCUUAAUAGACUAUUUAUAAUGUUAUUCUAUCUCUUUAACCAGAACUAUUGUUAAAAUCAUGACCGAAAACAAAAACAGCAUUUCAGCAUUUCAGUGAUACUAAAACCACCAGUAGGUGGCACCAAAUCAGUGUCUUAACAAGUAAGUCACUGAAUCAUUCACUCAAACGAUUAGUUCAAAAUGGCUGAUUCAUUCAGGGACAAAACAGAAUGAGUGAGUCGUCAAGUCUUUCAUUAAAACGAUUCUUUCAAACGGCUGAGUCAUUCAUUAGAACGAUUCGCUCAAAAAGGCUGAUUCAUUCAGGGACAAAACAGAAUAAGCGAGUCGUCAAGUCAUUCAUUAGAACGAUUAAUUCAAAACGGCUGAUUCAUUCAGGGACAAAACAGAAUGAGUGAGUUGUUGAGUCAUUCAUUAAAACGAUUCUUUCAAAACGGCUGAGUCAUUCAUUAGAAUGAUUCAUUCAAAACGGCUGAUUCAUUCAGGGACAAAACAGAACGAGUGAGUCAUCGAGUCAUUCAUUAAAACGAGUCUUUCAAAACGGCUGAUUCGUUCAGGGACAAAACAGAAUGAGUGAGUCGUUGAGUCAUUCAUUAAAAUGAUUCUUUCAAAACGGCUGAGUCAUUCAUUAAAACGAUUCUUUCAAAACGGCUGAUUCAUUCAGGGACAAAACAGAAUAAGCGAGUCUUCGAGUCAUUCAUUAGAAUGAUUCGUUCAAAAUGGCUGAUUCAUUCAGGGACAAAAAAGAACGAGUGAGUCAUGCAUUAGAACGAUUCGUUCAAAUCGGCUGAUUCAUUCAGGGACAAAACAGAAUGAGCGAGUCUUCGAGUCGUUCUUCAGAACGAUUCAUUCAAAAUGGCUGAUUCAUUCAGGGACAAAACAGAACGAGUGAGUUAUUCAUUAGAACAAUUCAUUCAAAACAGCUGAUUCAUUCAGGGACAAAACAGAACGAGGGAGUUAUUUAUUAGAACGAUUCAUUUAAAACAGCUGAUUCGUUCAGGGACAAAACAGAAUGAGCAAGUCUUCGAGUCAUUCAUUAGAACGAGUCAUUCAAAACGGCUGAUUCAUUCAAGGACAAAACAGAAUGAGCGAGUCUUCGAGUCGUUCUUCAGAACGAUUCAUUCAAAACGGCUGAUUCAUUCAGGGACAAAACAGAACGAGGGAGUUAUUUAUUAGGACGAUUCAUUCAAAACAGCUGAUUCGUUCAGGGACAAAACAGAAUAAGCGAGUCUUCGAGUCAUUCAUUAGAACGAUUAGUUCAAAAUGGCUGAUUCAUUCAAGGACAAAACAGAAUGAGUGAGUCAUCAAGUCAUUCUUUAGAACGAUUCAUUCAAAACGGCUGAUUCAUUCAGGGACAAAACAGAACGACUGAGUUAUUCAUUAGAACAAUUCAUUCAAAACGGCUGAUUCAUUCAGGGACAAAACAGAAUGAGUGAGUCGUCGAGUAAUUCAUUAGAACGUUUCGUUCAAAAUGGCUGAUCCGUUCUGUAAUGAAACUGAGACUCUGCGGCGUGCAAUGACUCUAAUGUUUGCAACUAUUUUCAUUGGCAAAAGAGAGGAAAAAUAUACAAUAUUGUGUCUUGUCUUGCAUAAAAUAAGUAUCACAUUUGCAAAUGUGCUGAUAUUCGGGAAAACAGCGCUUUUGCCUUUGGAGACUCGUGUGCUCAGAGACUUUAUUUGAAGCAUAUCUUGGGUUUUGGAAGCAUUUUUAUUAAUUUAUUAAGCCCCCAUUAAUUUCCGCCCCAGGUGUGUGUAUGGCGUGAUGGUGGGGUUAUUGUUCGAGCACAAGCGGAGGCUCUGUCUGUUACGAGGCCCAUUUUAAGUGCAACGUUAGUAGUCUCUCACAUUCUGAAAAUCUGAUAAGAUUUGAUCAGUCUUGUAGUGUGGGCAGCCUUUACACCGUCUCUCUCGACACUAAAGAGGAUCUCUGCUCUCUUUACGUCUAUUUACAGGGAUUUGAAGCCAAGGGCAUUUCUGCCAUCAACUUUAGACACAGAUAACUCAGAACAGGCCAAACGCACCCAAAUCCACGUGAACUAGAGUGAUUAUUAAACAGGUUUUACCAAUACGUCAGUUUGGAAUCAUGAAGGACAUCCUGUAUGUACAUAUUUUUUUAAUCUCUCGAGUUUUAAUUUAUUUUGGUAAUUUGUUUACACUGGAUUGCUAUUUUUCUCCUUCCCGAUUUUGCUGUACAUAAGGAAGUCUUUAUUCUUGGCAUCCCUAUAGCCGACACUAUGCAGAAACGCAUUUCCUUGGCAUGCUUUGAAAUGCAGAAAAUAAAAAGAAGAAAAACUAGAGGAAAACUGAUCUUUUCUUUUCAUUUUUUUAAAGAAACAUGUGAAUAACUGUUAAUAAUGAUGUAAGUAUAUCAAUUAUAUAUAUAUAUAUAUAUAUAUAUAUAUAUAUAUAUAUAUAUAUAUAUAUAAUAAAGACAGAUUUAACAUUGUGCACAUUUUAUCUGCAUGCUGCACUGAGAAUCUUCCGCGGCGAGAGGCUGCGGCUGUUUUAGAGAAUGUGUGUCGACUGAAGCACUGUACUUCUUGCUCACCUGAGAGUGAUUCAUUGUUCUUCCAGCGCGUGGAAGGAUAGACAUGUGACUCUGAACACUACUGUUACAUUACUGAUGUCUGGAAUCGUGUUGGAACGACCUGAUGAGAUCGGACAGACUUCAGAAAGUCCAGAUUGUGUGCUAGCAUUAUAAACGGUUGACUUUAUAAAAUUUAGAAAUAUUUAUUUCAAUAAACUUCUUUGAAAACA